GGUGUCCGUACGGUCACUGCAGUUGGGGAGGUGCAGAAAGUGGAGGGACGGGGGGAGAAACAGCGCGAAGACACGGCUCUCGCGAGAACUGGUGGAGCGCCCGUGGGAUUUGGCCCUCGGAAAGGUUCAUCCCGUUGGGUGACAAAAGGAGUUGUUGAAUAUGAGUGAUGACAAACCCUUUGUAUGUACUGCUCCUGGAUGCGGCCAGGUAUGUGUGUUUUUGAUGAACAUACAGUCAUGUGAAAAACGUUUUACAAAUGAGGACCAUUUGGCUGUCCACAAGCACAAACAUGAGAUGACACUAAAGUUUGGUCCGGCACGAAAUGACAGCGUCAUCGUGGCUGACCAAACUCCCACACCAACUCGCUUCUUGAAGAACUGUGAGGAAGUUGGUUUAUUUAAUGAACUUGCUAGCCCCUUUGAACAUGAUUUCAAAAAGGCAGCAGAAGACGACAUUAAAAAGAUGCCAUUAGAUUUGUCUCCCCUUGCUACUCCUAUUGCAACAACGACGACAACAAUUGUAAGAAAUAAAAUUGAAGAGCCGCCAUCUGUAGAAACGUCACAUCAGGAUAGUCCAUUGCCUCACCCAGAAUCUACCACAAGUGAUGACAAGGACAUUCUAUUACCACCGUCUGCACAGCCCAUAUCCACUAUCGUUCGUCCACCAUCACUGCAGGUUCCUAAUGUGCUCCUUGCCAGCUCAGAUGCAAAUGUGGUAAUACAGCAGGCGAUACCUUCUCCAACAUCUAGCACUGUCAUUACACAGGUUUCAUCUGCAAACAGGCCCAUCGUUCCAGUUCCUGGCUCUUUCCCAGUGCUUUUGCAACUUCCUAAUGGACAGACAAUGCCUGUUACAAUUCCAGCUUCAAUUGCAGCCCCAAGUGUACAUAUACCUACAGCUAUUCCGAUAGUCCAGGACACCACAGGCUCAUCCACCUGCAUAUCUCUGAGUUUACCCCGUAAGAAGGAUGUUGUUGAAGGCACUGGAAAAAUAAAAAAAAAACGUAAUCUCCACAUUGCUGCCAGCUUUGUCCAGCUUGUCAGACCUGUUACCGUAGUGCCUAACGUCCCAGGAAUACCAGGACCGUCCUCACCACAACCUGUGCAGUCAGAGGCUAAAAUGAGAUUAAAAGCCGCCUUGACUCAGCAACAGCACCCUCAGGUGGCAAAUGGUGAAAGUGUCUCUGUGCAGGCUGGCAGCAUAGUGAGGACUCAGUCAGAGGACACGGCCUCCCAGGCACUACAGCAACCAGCAACUUCGACGACUGAAACACCAGCCUCUCCAGUUCAGCCUGCUCAACAUAUCCCAAGCACCGGUGGCAGACGCAGGAGGGCAGUAAGUGAAGACCCAGAUGAGAAGAGGCGCAAAUUCUUGGAGCGAAACCGAGCUGCUGCUUCACGGUGCAGGCAGAAAAGAAAAGUGUGGGUCCAGUCCUUAGAAAAGAAAGCCGAAGAUCUGAGCUCUCUUAAUGGCCAAUUACAGAGUGAAGUCACCCUGCUGAGAAAUGAAGUGGCUCAGCUGAAACAGCUUCUCCUGGCUCAUAAAGAUUGCCCUGUAACCGCGAUGCAGAAGAAGUCUGGCUAUCACAUUUUGUGCAAUCCAAAGUACCUUGAUGUGCCAUCACACAAUACGCCAGCACAAGACACUGACAAAGAAGACAGUUCGGAAGACAUCUCUGUGCCAAGCAGCCCCCAGGUUGAGGAAAUCCAGCACAGUUCCGUGAGCACUUCCAACGGUGUGACCUCAAGCUCAAUGGCUUCCACCCUCCUGUCGCAGAUUGCCGACCAGAGCACAGAACCCAUGAAACUGCAGACGCAACCCUCGGGAAGCUGAUGAGCUGAAAGGCAGACAUGUCAUCACUUCUGACUUUAAAAGAAAAACAAAAAAAAAAAAAAAAAGGGAAACAGGAACUGUCGCCCCUCUCCGUCCAGGGGGAAUGCUGUAGAUCUUUAUAUUCAAUUUUUUUUUGCUUUCUUAGUUGUGAAUACCAGACUUAGCUAAUCUGGAAACAGAACUGAGUUGCUUGCAAGCAAAUUCCAUCUUUGUUUUGCAAAACGGGACCAGCUGUCUUUUUCUCUUUGUACUGCGAUGAUUACAACAAAGACGUACCUUUGUCUGUUUGCCACUAAUCCGUCUACACCUACUUUUCCCAGGAGAGCUUGUCCUGGGUGUUUCGAGUCUAAGGUGGGUGAGGCUCCAGUCAAUCACAGGCACACACUGCAGAACAGACCCCGGCACUCACUUCAGGCCGUUUUAGAGUGAGUGACCAGCCAGACUUACCCCACACAUGCAUUGUGGAAACCUGAACACCACGAGAAGAUCUGUGAGAGCUCAGGGCAAAUGCAAGUCUCCGAAGCAUCGUGCCAGUACCAAUGACUAGAGUUAGAAACACCUUGGGAUAGAUAGAUAGAUAGAUAGAUAGAUAGAUAGAUAGAUAGAUAGAUAGAUAGAUAGAUAGAUAGAUAGAUAGAUGGAUGGAUAGAUGGAUGGAUGGAUGGAUGGAUGGAUGGAUGGAUGGAUGGAUGGAUGGAUGGAUGGAUGGAUGGAUGGAUGGAUAGAUAGAUAGAUAGAUAGAUAGAUAGAUAGAUAGAUAGAUAGAUAGAUAGAUAGAUAGAUAGAUAGAUACUUUAUUAAUCCCAAGGGGAAAUUCACAUACUCCAGCAGCAGCAUACUGAUAAAGAACAAUAUUUUAUUAAAAAGUGAUAACAAUGCAGGUACAGUAAUCCCUCACUUAUCGCGGGAGAUAGGUUCCAAGGCCGACCGCGAUAACUGAAUUUCCGCGAAGUAGGGACACUAUAUUUAUUUAAUUAUUUAACGUGUAUUUGGACGUUUUUAAACCCUCCCUGUAUUGUUUACAACCCACCCUCUACUCUAUUAAUAACAGGGACAACUGCUAAGCAAUAUGAAAUCGGUAAAUAAGUUUACACUUACUGUAUAGCGAAGUACACGUAGCAGCUUGUAGGCGGUCAUGACGUCGUCGACCUUGUUGCAAAGAUUCCUAAAGCAGAUUCCAUCCAGACUACUGCCUUAUCACGUCCACUUGCAACUCAUUUUGCACCCUGGUUAAAGGACACUGCGGCUGUAGAUCUUAUAUGCUAUUCCUCCUUUUUAAAUAAAAAGAAUCGAUGUCCUGCAGCGGCGUAGCUGUUCCCUUCCUUCAGCAUAUCCAAAACUUUUACCUUUUCUGCAAUCAUUUGCAUCUUCUGUUGGUGCUUGGACACGGCCCCUGAAGCAUUAGCACGUUAAUGAUGAAUGAGUGAGAUGAGACUUCCUGGUUAAUGCAACACUCCGUCGCUGAGCCAAUCAGCAGCACACAGGAACUUAACUGCGUGCUCUGAUUGGGUAGCUUCUCAGCCAUCCGCCAAUAGCAUCUCUUGUAUGAAAUCAACUGGGCAAACCAACUGAGGAAGCAAGUAAAAAGACCCAUUGUCCGCAGAAAGCAGCGAAAAAUCCGCGUUAUGUAUUUGGAUAUGCUUACAUAUAAAAUCUGCGAAGUCGUGAAUCCGCGAAAAGUGGACCACGAAGUAGCGAAGGAUUACUGUAUACAGACAGUCAAUAACUGUGAAUAAUGUUAACGUUUACCCCCCCCCAGGGUGGAAUUGAAGAGUUGCACCAGAGUCGUAUAGUCACUUGACACAACAUUCAACAUGGUAUCGGCAGGUUGAUGAUGGGUUGACAAGAGGGCCCUCAAGUCUGCAAGGCCAUUGCUCUGUGAGCAUUAGAGUCGUCUGUUUCAUACUUACCUUGUCAUUUGGGUUUAGCUGUUGUCAUAAGAAUGAUCCAGAGACAUCAAAAAGGUUUGGGGGCAGCCACCCGUAUAUUAUGCCCUAGCUGCAGAUCGGUAAUUUGUUGUGUGAGUUGUUCACAGGUCAGAGUCCAACACAGAACUGAUACAAGGCUGUAAAGAUGGCGGCUUUAAAGGCCGAGACAGGAAGUGACGUCAUCGUAUGCGCCAGAAGUGAUGACAUCGGGACCGGAAGUCGCGUCAUCAUAUGCGCCGGACCCAGAAGUACUGUCAUCAAUGGCGCAAGAACCAUGCGGGAUUUCCCAUGGAUGGUCUGAAGAGGAUCGAGAGAGAAAGUCCAGUGCACCUUGCCACCCCCUGGUCUGGCGUGGAACUACCAUUAUUCAAGUCCUUAACUGCUUCCCAUGCGCAUGUGUGUGACACUGUGCUGGAGGACGGGACUCGUCUGUCAGUUUGAUUGGUUAAAACUCGAGAGGUUAGUUGGAAUUUUAGGGCAAGCCGUUGACUUCAUUGAUUCAGAAAGUAGGCCCAGCAACUAAAGUUUUAACCAUAUACGUAAAUCAGUAAAGCCGAUGUCACAUUGCAUGACCUUUAGUCGUAGGGCAUGUCAGACUUGUUCUUCUCGAUGGACCAUGACACCUCAAACGACUGGGCAGAACGGCUUGCCGACUUUCCAGUACAGUCGUGCUCACCCCUUUUUCUGUGCCGCCUGAUGGAGCCUGUGCUGUAUGUUAGUGGUGGAGUGGUGGCUCUGUGGCUAAGGAUCUGCACUGGCAAUCGGAAGGUUGCUGGUUCGAAUCCCGUAAAUGCCAAAAGGGACUCUGCUCUGUUGGGUCCUUGAGCAAGGCCCUUAGCCUGCAAUUGCUGAGCGCUUUGAGUAGUGAGAAAAGCGCUAAAUAAAUGCAAAGAAUUAUUAUUAUUAUGAAGGGUUAACAGGUAUGGCAAGCUCUGUUAUCUCUGCCCUUUCUUUUUUUUCCUGUUUUCCAUUCUGUCGUGGUACAUAAAACACAAGACAUCAAAAAUGCCGCAUCUCAAACAUCUCAACUCUGCUUUUACUCUCACACCAAAUGGCAUAUCACAGAAACAUAUGUUAACGUGGAGGUCUGUAUUGACUACUUAGAUUUCUUAAGCCGAUGUCACAUUAUGCGAGUUUUCAUCGUGGGAGAUGUAUGACUUGCCAAGCACAGUCACUGAACCGUGUCAGAUCACAUGACCGAAAAUACCAGCCCAUGUCACAUUUACUGACCGUGCGCCACACUUCCAGUGCAGUCGUGCUCGUCCCCUUUUUCCUAACGGCCAAUAGCAUGUCACCUGGUGGUGCGACACUUUACAAAAGGUUAGCUGCUACAGCAAGUUCAGCAUUAAUCUCUGGCCUUUACUCCCUUUUUUUCUAUUCUGUUAUGGUGUGUAAAAUACGAGAUGUCAGACUGACGAGUUUCUCUUCUGUUUGUGAGGCUCAAAACACGCAUGUUUCUUAUUCCUCCUCACUGCACUCUUUGCAUUCUACUUCUGAAUGAGCGCUCAUUGGUUGACUGCUCUCAUGCACGCCACUACGACUAAAGACAAAACGCCUGUUUGAUUCUGUCAGGGCGAGUGAGUCGCUGGGUGUGUCAUGCAAACGACCGGCUCUGACUCGCAGAUAGUAUGUGAAUGUAGGCUAUGACUAAAAAUCGCUGGAAAAGUGACAUGUGGCAUGAGCAAAAUAGCCUGCAGUGACACUCUAAACCAGGGGUCAGCAAAGUCAGUCCUGGAAGGCCGUUUGGUAAAAAAAUGCAAUUUCUUAAUGAGUAGUCGGUUAUUGCUGUUGAAGCACUUACUGCUCAGGCGACUUGCUGGUGCUUUAAUUUAGUGCUCUCAUUUAUUCCCCACCCUUAAUUGCUUAUUUUCGUCUUAAACAGCUUGAUUGAAUUGCCCCUUUAUCAAUUUAUAUGCAUAUAUAGGGUGGCACACGAAAAACCGAACCAUCUCUGACUCCAACGUUGACGUACGUUUCUUAGCCCAUACACGAAACGAGCAAACGGGCCCCAUUCUGUUUGCAGUUUGUAACUGACCCAGACUUACGCCACUUCGCCACCAACUCGUGAAUGCUGCUGUUUGCUGGUAGGCUAACACCAGGAAAUUUAUGUGUGAAAAUGUCCCGCGUUUCCUUAAAAGAACCGGUAGACACGUACCCCUCCACUAUUCCAAUCCUCUGUAGCAGAGAAUACAUCUUCCGGAUCUCUUUCUCGCACGUCUGUAUCCACUGGCACACAUCUACCUUACUAAUGCACAGUGGGAGCUGCUGACUCCGUUGCGACAACGAGGCUCUGCGAUCGCGUCAGGACCCGCCUGUAUAAUAGCUCGAGCCAGCCAGUGCGCCACCCUUUAUAAUUGCAGAGUGCACUCACUCACUCACUAUUUCCUAUUUACUUAAAAAGCUGAAAUUUGUCAGGAUGAUGCAUUAGUGCACCAGGUACCCACUAAGGGCUCGUUUAUACUUCACGCUCAGAACGCGUACGCGCACGCAUCAUGGCUGCCGCGCAUUCCCAGCGUUCAUUUGACGCGUCUUCUGAGCAGGUCCUCAGAAAUGAAUGCGAUGCGUGCUUGAAUUGCAAUACCAGCAAAAAGUCGGGGGGGCGCAGUGUGCUAAAAGUUGGAAUGUGAUGUCAGAGUCUCUGGUUACUAUCUACAUGUGACAGAAAAACUCUAUGAGGAUCCUACGGGAUCGAUGUGCGCGCUUCAAUGUUUGACGAAUGGUUCGAUGUGGUGAAGCAGAAUUAAUGCAUUCGUGGUGCUUUUAUAUUCAAGCGUCGAAUAUUCCCAAUCGUAAUGACACGAUACGUUUUAAAAGUCUCACAUACCAUCUUUUGUGCCUUCUUCACAACAGCAACAUAAUGUUCAGCGCUGUAUUUGAGCCAUAGAGAAAAAAAUGAAGGACAUGGUGAAAACGUGUAUUUUGUGAUUAAAGUGGAAUUUUUGCCUUUAAUCUUGAAAUGUCCACUUUAACCUCGUAGUUUAUUUUAUCAUCAAAGCACACCGUCAUAAACGUCAUCCCAGAUUUUAAUCGCUACGAGCUUCUUGGACCUGACGGGAGUGCAAGCAGCAAUAGAUCACCACGCAGAACACAUUUAAUGUAUGAUAUUACAACUCUCUGCACAUUUAGAAUCUUUAGAUUUACUGUAUACUUGAUAUCACUUUCAUGAUGAAAUGCAUUAAAGUAUGUAUGUUAGAUUUUACAGAUAAAUCAUUAAUUUUCGUUUAAAUAAUGAAUACUGUUAAUAAUUACACACAUGGGGGUGACACGGUGGCGGAGCGUUAGCACUGCUGUUUCGCAGGGAGUCACGUCCCUGGUGUUCCCUGCCUGGAGUUCUCAUGUUUCCCUGCUAGGUUUCCACACUGUGCUCCAGUUUCCUUCCAAAGAAAUGCAGAUUUGGUGACACUAAAAUGACGCCAGUGUGUGUGAGUGCUUGUAUUCACCUUGCGAUGAGCUGAUGCUCUGUCCAGGGAUUGUUUCUCACUCGUGCCCAAUGCUUGCUGAAAUGGACAAAUCCCUGGAUUAAUGGAUUUAAUCAUUAAACAUCCUUUAUAGAGAUAUUGCGGUAAGGUGUCAUCGGAAUUUAACGGGUGUUCCAGGCAAUUCACAACACUACCGAACCAACACCACCAUUAGGUCUAUACGAAACUUGUUUUGUUUUUGACGUCCGUUCUCUACGAAAAACACAAGAUUCAAAACUUUUCUCGCCCAUCUCUACCGAACCAACACCACCAAUAGGUCUAUACGAAACUUUUUUGUUUUUGGUUUUUGAUGUCCAUUCUGUAUGAAAAACACAAGAUUCAAAACUUUUCUCGCCCAUCUCUACUGAACUAACACCACCAUUAGGUCUAUACGAAACUUGUUUUGUUUUUGACGUCCGUUCUCUAUGAAAAACACAAGAUUCAAAACUUUUCUUGCCCAUCUCUACCUAACCAACACCACCAUUGGGUCUAUACGAAACUUUUUUGUUUUUGGUUUUGAUGUCCAUUCUGUAUGAAAAACACAAGAUUCAAAAAAUUUUCUCGCCCAUCUCUACUGAACUAACACCACCACUGGGUCUAUACGAAACUUGUUUUGUUUUUGACGUCCGUUCUCUAUGAAAAAUCCAAGAUUCAAAACUUUUCUCGCCCAUCUCUACCUAACCAACACCACCAUUGGGUCUAUACGAAACUUUUUUGUUUUUGGUUUUUGAUGUCCAUUCUGUAUGAAAAACACAAGAUUCAAAACUUUUCUUGCCCAUCUCUCUCGAACCAACACCACCACUGGGUCUCUACAAAACUUUUAUUUUUUUUCACCCGUUCUCAUCUAACAUUUUUGGGUGGCACAUUCCUCGAACGUCCCCGCCCCCCCGAGGUGGGAUCAUUCACAGACAUUCCUACCAAAGUCUUUGCUCCACGUUUUGUUGUAAGCAUUGAAUAAGCACUGCCAGAGAGAAAAACGACAUGGCCCUCGUCACUUUGUCUUUUGUUUGUUUGUUACUUUGCCUUUGUCUAAUUUUGCACAUGAGGGGGGGAUGAAGUGUUUCACUUUGAAGGGGGGAGGGGUUAAAAUCAUGUUGUUUGUCUUUAUUUUAUUUUUUUUGGAAUUUGUUUUUGCUGUUGCUUUACGGUUGCACAUUUUGGCAGCUUUUUCGUCCGACAUUUUGCCGUCUCGUCGGCAGAUGAGAUGAAGGACGAGUAACGUUUUGUACGUCUGAGUGAUUUCGGUUGCUUUGAUCAGCAGCUCCUUUGGUUGAAUGUUGGACGUUGCCUCCGCCUGUAAUAUAUAGUCUUAUAGCGGAACUCUCCUUAAUGUUCAUUUUUUGACUAACAUUCCACGUGUCGUUUGAUUGUUACAGAUGAGGUGAUUGUAAGUAUACUUUUUUCUCAUCAUCCAGACAUCUGCUAGAUGUUAAGUUUACUAAUUGUGCCAUGGAUGUUUCUUAUUCAGACGUUCUCAAAUUUGUUUUAAGGUGGAAAAAAAAAAAAUGGAGAAGGACGCCAUUCCGCGUGCUCCGGUCAAUGCAUCUUUAGCAGCGUACGAUUCGUUUUUAUUUAUAAGGCUUCUCCAUCCCUUCAGAACAUCGAAGGCCUAGCAGCUCGACGGUGCGGCUAGCGAGUCUCCAAGUCACGCCGGUGAAGUAAGUGGUCAGAAUUCUUAUUACGUUACGCUUUGACUUGGUGUAAAGAAUUACUGUAUGAUAUGAGGAUAACACUGUAUGUAAUCUUUCUGGAAAAGAUGCGUUUUGUUUUUUUUGUUUUUUUAAUAUAAUAUUGUUCCUGUGCUAGUAGAACCAAUUUUGUUUAAACCUUUAUAAAACUACUUGAUGACAAUAUGGCACAAACAUUUCCAGGCUCU